AGCUCUGUCGUUGCCCACGUCCGCGCGUACCCUCUGUUUCGGUUGACGUUUCGAUCGAAUUCGCGUUAUUAUAUUGUAUAUUAUUAUUUAUUAUCAAUAUACUAUUUAACGAGACCGUUUGUGCCUUGUGCUGCCCGGGAGAGUGCGAAAAUGCCGAGGGCGAACGUUGCCGUGUCGUCGUCAAUGGGACCCUCGUCGAGGCCCGUGUGAUCCACUGCGGAAGUGGUGGUUUUAAUUAAUUAAUUAAAUAAUACUUUGGUAUAUAUUGUAUUUUACCGGAGCGCCAAAUUCGUGUGUACCGUAUUGGCGAGUGCGUUUUGUAGAAAGAAAAAAAUGAACCUCCGGGACAUGAUAGGAUCCGGCGUCUUAUGCCUGUUGAUCGUGGCCCUGGGCCCCCCCUGGGUCCGGGGCGGCGACCUCAACGACCUGAUCGACGACGUUAGAUGUCCCUGGCUGUGUUCUUGCGACCAGACCACCGCCGACUGCUCCAAGAAAGGAUUGGACGAAGUGCCCAGGAACCUACCGCACAACAUCGAACGACUGGAUUUGCAAGGAAACAACAUCACAGUGAUAUCGUCGACCGACUUGACCAACUUGACCAACUUACGAGUGUUGCAAUUGUCGGACAAUCAAAUCCAUACCAUCGAAAAGGGAGCCUUCAAGCACCUCGGCCGAUUGGAACGAUUACGGUUAAAUGGAAACCAGCUCAAGGAAGUACCCGAUUUGGCGUUCUCCAACAACCCUCAGCUGUCCAGACUGGAUUUCAGUCACAAUCAACUGUUGUACAUUGGAAAGAACACGUUGAAAGGUGCUCAAGCUCUGAGAACUUUGUUGAUGGACAACAAUCGUCUGGUCUGCGUUGACGAACAAUCCAUUAAAGGACUCAAAGACUUGGAGAUACUAACUUUGAACAACAACAACCUAACUACAUUGCCGGCCGGUCUGUUUUCUGAUCUGUACCGUUUGCGAAACGUCCGGUUGUCCGACAACAAGUUUCAAUGCGACUGUUCUCUGGAUUGGCUUUACCAGCAAUGGCUACCAAGAAUCCCCAGGCUCGGUUCGUCCACUUACUGUCACGGGCCUUCAAACAUGGCCGGGUUGCCACUGUCCGACAUGCAUAAAUAUCACAUGCAAUGCGACGGUGAUUUCAACGGUCAAACCGUGGAAUGCGGUCCCGGAGUCGAGGAUCAAAAGUCCUCGUGCCCGACCCCGUGCACUUGCGAAGAGGGGGGCAUCGUCAACUGCAGAGAGAAGUCGUUGACCAAGGUGCCGACCAAACUGCCGGAGGACAUCGUCGAACUGAGACUCGAGCAAAAUCAAAUCACCGAAAUCCUACCCAAAGCUUUCGUCAAGUACAAGCGGCUCCGGAGAAUAGACCUGAGCAAGAAUCAGAUAACCAAAAUAUCCGUGGACGCGUUUCAAGGACUCAAGUCGCUGACGUCAUUAAUGCUGUACGGCAACAAAAUCAAAGACUUGCCCGGUGGCGUUUUUCACGGUCUGACUUCGUUGCAGCUGCUACUCUUGAACGCCAACGAAAUAUCCUGUAUAAGAAAGGACGCGUUCCGAGAUUUGCACAGCGUCAAUUUAUUGUCACUGUACGAUAACAAUAUCAAAUCGCUGGCAAACGGAACGUUCGACUACAUGAGAAGCAUACAAACGCUGCAUUUGGGCAGAAACCCGUUUAGCUGCGACUGCAACUUGCGCUGGUUAUCAGAUUAUUUGCAUAAAAAUCCAAUCGAAACGUCGGCCGCACGUUGCGAAUCGCCGAAAAAGUUACAAAAACGAAGAAUUGAUGGACUUAGCAACGACAAAUUUAAAUGUAUCGAUGACAUUAAAACUAGAGGCGCAGGCGAUUGUUUUGCCGAUAGCUUAUGUCCAGCUAACUGCACUUGUGACGGCACAGUUGUGGAUUGUUCGGCAAGAUCUUUAACCGAGAUUCCCAAGGAUAUACCGAUUUACACAACCGAAUUGAUUAUGAACGACAACGAAAUCGGAAAAAUCAAAUCAGACGGACUGUUUGGCCGACUGCCCAAUCUUCAAAAAUUGGAAAUGAAGAGAAAUAUUAUUAGCAGCGUGGAAGCCAAUGCUUUCGAGGGUGCCAUUAAGUUGUAUGAGCUUAAUUUGUCCGAGAACAAGAUACGCCAAGUGCACAACAAAAUGUUCAUCGGUCUUCAUAAUCUGAAAAUUUUAACUUUGUUGAACAACGAAAUCACAUGUGUUAUGCCAGGUUCGUUCGACUAUUUACCAGCACUUCGCUCACUUAACUUACAAAUGAAUCCGUUCAACUGUAACUGCCAUCUCGCUUGGUUUGCCGAAUGGUUGAAAAAGCAUGGGCUUAUAGCGGGCAGUCCCCGUUGCGCUGGACCUCCACGCGUAAUGGAUGUGCCUAUUCACGAUUUACCAUCCUACGAGUUCAAGUGCACAGGCGAUAACGACCAAGGUUGUCUGGGCGAUAACUAUUGCCCUCCGAAGUGCACCUGUAUAGGCACAGUGGUUCGUUGUACAAGAUCUAAACUAACUGAAAUACCGAAAAAUAUUCCAGUCGAAACUUCUGAGCUGUAUUUGGAUGUCAACGAAAUCACUUCAAUCAACGCGGACAGACUAAACCACCUUAAAUCACUUACUAGAUUGGAUUUAAGUAAUAACCAUCUAACCGUGUUGUCGAAUCAAACGUUUUCGCAGUUGUCCAAGCUAUCUACACUAUUAUUGGGAUACAAUAAACUACAGUGUCUUGAAAAGAACGCGCUCGCCGGCUUGAAGUCUUUGAGAAUCAUCUCCCUACACGGAAAUAAUAUUUCAUUGAUACCCGACGGCACAUUCUCCGGUCUCGACUCGAUCACCCACUUGGGAAUCGGUUCCAAUCCUUUGUACUGUGACUGUAGCCUGCAAUGGCUCGCGGAAUGGAUUAAAAAAGAUUUCAUCGAAUCCGGUAUUGCUAGAUGCGCCGAGCCUGCGACCAUGAAAGACAAACUCUUGUUGUCCACACCCGUCUCGAGCUUCGUUUGCAAAGAACCGAUAAGCAAGGAAAUCCUGUCCAAAUGCAACACGUGCUUCACGAAUCCGUGCUCCAACGAAGGUUUUUGCGAGCCACUACCGGAGAGACAAUACAAAUGCAGAUGUAAUCCUGGGUUCCACGGUAAACACUGCGAACACAUGAUAGAUGCUUGCUAUGGAAACCCGUGUAGAAAUUUGGGAACGUGCAAAUUACUCGAAGAAGGCCGAUUCAGUUGUCAAUGUCCAUCCGGCUUCACUGGGGAUCGUUGCGAGACCAACAUCGAUGACUGUCUGACCAACAAAUGUGAUAACAAUUCCACGUGUGUCGAUCUGAUACAGGCGUAUGAAUGUCGCUGCCAACCAGGAUACACAGGCGAUUACUGUCAAACGAAAAUACAGUUUUGCUCCAAAGACUUUAACCCGUGUCACAAUGGAGCCAAGUGCGUCGAUCACGUCACACAUUACACAUGCGAAUGUCCACUCGGGUUCUCGGGCGACAACUGCACGAUCAAUAACGACGAUUGCCAAAACCACAUGUGUCAAAACGGCGGUUUGUGCGUUGAUGGCAUCAACGAUUACACGUGCAAGUGCGUCGGAGAUUAUGCUGGCAAAUUCUGUGACAUCGCCCCCAUGGUAGCGCUCAUGUAUCCUCAGACGUCACCUUGUCAACACCACGAAUGCAAAAACGGUAUCUGCUACAUACCGAACGGUUCCACCAACGAUUACUUGUGCAAGUGCGCUCCGGGAUACUCAGGAAAACGGUGCGAGUACCUGACUAGUUUGAGUUUUGUGCACAACACUUCGUUCGUGGAGCUCGAGCCUCUGAGAACCAAACCCGAAGCUAACGUAACGGUAGUGUUCACGACCACCCAAGAGAACGGUAUCUUGAUGUACGACGGCCAUUCUGAACAUUUAGCGGUCGAACUUUUCAAUGGUCGCAUCAGAGUCAGCUACGACGUUGGCAAUUAUCCGGUUUCCACCAUGUACAGUUUUGAAAUGGUCGCCGAUGGCAAACAACACAUGGUAGAACUCUUGGCGGUCAGGAAAAACUUCACUCUGAGAGUGGACGGAGGCGUGGCCCGGUCCAUCAUCAACGAGGGAUCGAGGGAUUACCUCAGACUAACUGCGCCGCUGUACAUCGGAGGAAUACCGACCGACCCGGGAGCAGAAGCUUUCAACCACUUCCAUCUGAGGAACUUGACGAGUUUCAACGGUUGCAUGAAAGAGCUUUGGGUGAACCACAAGCUAGUAGACUUUAUGAACGCGGCCCGACAACAGAAAGUCACACCUGGCUGUUCGCUGCUCCAGGACGAGGAACAGAUGGUGGAAGAGGAAGGCGUGAAAUCGCACGUCCCCGAACCCGAACAGAGUUCAACCAUGAUCGACGAGGAGCAAGUGGAACCGCAAGAAGGCACCAUGGAAGAAGAAGACGAGGACGAGGACGAGGACGAAGAAGAAGACCCGUGCUUCAAUAACCAAUGCCACAAGGACAGCAAGUGCGAACCCAAAGGCUUGAAAGACUACGUUUGCAAGUGCCAACCGGGCUGGUCCGGAAAAUACUGUACUCAAGGUCCCACGUGCAAGAAAGUAGCCGUUCGCGAGUACUACACGGAGAACAACUGCAGAUCCAGAAAGCCGCUGAAGAUGGCCAAGUGCGAAGGCGGCUGCGGCACGAGUUGCUGCCGGGCCAAGAAGACCAAGAAGCGCAAGGUGCGUUUGAUAUGCAACGACGGCACCAGAUACACCAAAGACAUUGACAUCAUACGGAAAUGUGCGUGCGCCAAAAAAUGCUAUUGACUACCAGGCCCCUCCAUAGAACUGCCCCAACUACCCGUACCGCACGUAAUCGUACUACCUCAGGUCGCCCAAAACCAUCAACACGACAACCAAGACAUCGCAGCCAAAAGCAGCCGCAAGAGCGACGGCGGCGGCGUACAACACCGGCCAAAGUGGACGGACAAAUUGUUCACCUACAUGACCGUGUACGCCAGCCUGUCCGUACUGAUCGAGUUACUCAUUGUUGUCAUUUGGACCGUUAGCGUUUGUAUAUACCUUCUUCUGCCGUAACCCUUGCACCUUAUAUAUAUAUAGUAUUAUUAUCGUCUCACUCGCCAUUCGUAUUAUCUUACCUACUCCUAAUUUUGUUUUUAUUAUUAUUAUUAUUUUUUUUUAAGUUUAUCCUAUCUACCUACUAAAAAUAAUUAUUUUUUUUUAAUACAAUAUAUAUAUAUAUAUUAUACAAAUUAAUUUUACAAUAACAUAUUAUUAUAUUUUACUCGGUAUUAUUUAUAUGUAAAAAAAAAAAAAAAAUACUUAUUCAGAUUUAAAAACAAUGUAUAUUCGUAAUGAUAUACACCCGCCUAAGAUAAGAUGCACAUUUGACGUUUUACUAUUACUUAUAUGCAUUAUAAUAUCAAUAAUAGUUUUUUGGUAAUUAUCGUACAAGUUAGGUAGUGCGAAAUAGCUUCUUUUUUUUGUUUCUUUUUUUUACAAAACCAGUUAAAAUAAUCAACAGAAUAAAUCAAAAUAUAACUAAGUAUAAACCCGUCAUUUUUUUUUUUACAAUGGAAAUAAUCAAUUAUCUGGUGCAUUGGUUUCAGUUAUGAAGACAUGUAUACAAACGUAAUAGGUAUAUCGUGUAUAUUGUAUGUGUGUGUACGACUUUGGAGCAAAAAAAAAGGCACACAUCUAUUGUGCGGAGGGGCCUUUUCAAUGUUUUAUUUUUAUACGUCUUUUUGUAUAGUGUACAAGUGUAGAAUUCGUUAAAAAAAAAUUAAAAAUCACAAAAAAAAAAAGAGAA